GCUUAUUGCUCUUCUUUUUCUUGCAUAAGUGCAUGCUCAUUGCUUUAGUUUCUGAUCAAUCCUUAUCUUUGAAUUAUUUACUAGUACAGACUAUAAUUGUGUAAGGUCAUGUGGAAAUUGUAUGCCCUGUGUCAACUUGUGGUUUGAUUAUUUAUCAACUUAUAAGCUCGGAAAAAUCAAAAGGCAUAUAGUUGCUUGUUUAGUUUUGUUUUGCUAUCUCUGCAUAUGCAUUUACCAGGGAAAUUUCUCUGUUCAAUAUGUUCCUUAAAGGAUCAUAUUUCGUCAUGGGUCUUUAGUCGUCAACAACGUCUUCUCAUGACAGGUUUUCUAGACAAGGCUCAGUUUUCUCUUUUUAGUGUUUGAGACAUUAGUAGGUUUUAGAUUUUCAUACUCGAAAAGGAAGAGGGCCAGGGCUUGUUUUCUUCCACGAAAUGGAUAAAUUUGCAGCAGCUCCAUCCCCAUACCCGUUUGCCAGUUAUAAAGUUCUUCAUCUGGUGAGGCAUGCACAAGGAGUCCACAAUCUAGAAUCAGAGAAGAGUCGUGAUCCACUAACAUCAUUUGAAUAUUUUGACGCUGAACUCUCCUCUCAGGGCUGGCAGCAGGUUUGUGAUCAGCGGAGAUAUGUUUGUGCAAGUGGACUGCUUGAGAAGAUUGAGGUCGUCAUCACUUCCCCUAUGACAAGGACAUUACAAACAGCAGUUGGAAUUUUUCGUGGAGAAGGCCAGCCGGCUGAUCGGUUCUAUGUUACUCCGUUUGAGGAGGAAAAUGUAAAGAAUGCUGAGACAUCGACUUUCAAUCGCCUACCAAUCAUAUCAUAUGAACUUUGUCGAGAACGUAUGGGAAAAUAUGAAUGUGACAAGAGAAGAUCCAUCAGCCUGUACCGUUCUCGUUUCCCUGAUGUUGAUUUUUCAUUGAUUGAAAGUGAAGAUGACGUUUUGUGGAAAGGAGAAAAAGAAUCCCAUGAAGCAGUUGUAGCUAGAGGAAUGAAGUUCAUCAAAUGGUUGUGUGGACGAAAGGAAAAGGAGAUAGCAGUGGUCAGCCAUGGUGUGUUCCUGCAGCAAGCAAUGACUGAACUUAUUAAGAGCAAUAAGUGUUGCCCCUUAAUGGAAGGUGAUCCACUCAGCCGAUUUAAAAAUUGUGAAAUCCGAUCCAUAGCCAUUUUUUAUGAAAGCGUAAUGGGUUUGGAAUCAGAUUCCUUACCAACCACUAUCCAUUGUGGACGAAUCCCUUACGGGCUUGAGCUCCCAAGAGAUUCUGCCAAGGAGAAUAUAUCAGUGGAGGAAGUGACCAACUGAUAUCCAGAUUGAACACUGACCGCUAGAUCAUAGCUAGGUGCUUUCCGAACAAUUUUCCUUUCGAUCUACUGACUACUUGCCUUUCUUUCUUCGGACACCAUAUCAUUUCCAAACGAAUAAUUAAAAAAAAAACCCUGUGAUAAGGUUGCUACGUGUAUAUAUAUAUAUAUAUCUGCAUCCUGGAUGCAGAUGUAGCUAAGAACGCCAAGUCGGCUUACUACUUUAUGUUUGGUCGUUCUUAUCAAUUUGGUUAUGACCGAUUUGCCAUCGCUGUUGUUUUACUAUUACAAAGACCCACUCUUUUCUUAUAUUUCUAACUUUAAAUAAGGAAAGUCCGCUCUUAAUUACAUUGUCUUC